AUGGUCGGUCACUUGCGACUGCUGUCAACGCACCUUCCGUGCACGCAUUGGCUUGAUCGGUCACCUUCAGAGGCCGUGCAACCCUCCUCCGACGGCAUCCACGUCUACGGCACCAAAUACUCCAACAGACCCUUCUCUGCCCUCCACCUCGACGGCAACAACCGACGCCACAGAUGCCUAGUUGCCCUCAUCCACCGCUCCCACCCCACCCGCAACUUCCUCCACCCCCUCCGACGCAUCACCGCCUGCCACAACCCUCAUCACCAUACCCGAACCCUCUAUCAGCUCUGGGGGCCUGAUAUGCCCUCACUGCAAUCGCACAUUCACCUCACGCAUCGGCCUAGUCGGCCACUUGCGAAUCUAUCGCACAGAGACUGGUGA